AGAAGGCGGGGGGAUUCGGGAGGGACUCCCUCAUCUCCCGCCGCCGUUAGAGCCCGCUCUCCGUCCUUCUCCACGUCCUCCUCCCGGUCUACGGGAACUCUGCCUCCUCUGAGUGCCGACCCAUGGCCGAAUACUCCUAUGUGAAGUCCACCAAACUCGUGCUCAAGGGUACGAAGGCCAAGAGUAAAAAGAAGAAGAGCAAGGAUAAGAAGAGAAAACGGGAAGAAGAUGAGGAAACCCAACUUGAUAUUGUGGGAAUCUGGUGGACUGUAUCCAACUUUGGGGAGAUUUCAGGAACCAUUGCCAUUGAAAUGGAUAAAGGAGCCUAUAUCCAUGCACUGGACAAUGGCCUUUUUACACUGGGAGCUCCGCACAGAGAAGUUGAUGAGGGCCCCAGUCCUCCAGAGCAGUUUACUGCCGUCAAAUUGUCUGAUUCCAGAAUUGCCCUGAAGUCUGGCUAUGGAAAAUACCUUGGUAUAAAUUCAGAUGGACUUGUUGUUGGGCGUUCAGAUGCAAUUGGGCCAAGAGAACAGUGGGAACCAGUAUUUCAAGAUGGGAAAAUGGCUUUAUUAGCCUCAAAUAGCUGCUUUAUUAGAUGUAAUGAAGCAGGCGAUAUAGAAGCAAAGAAUAAAACAGCAGGAGAAGAAGAGAUGAUAAAGAUUAGAUCCUGUGCUGAAAGAGAAACCAAGAAGAAAGAUGACAUCCCAGAAGAAGACAAAGGGAAUGUGAAGCAGUGUGAAAUCAACUAUGUAAAGAAAUUUCAGAGCUUCCAAGACCACAAACUCAAAAUAAGCAAAGAAGAUAGUAAAAUUCUUAAAAAGGCUCGGAAAGAUGGAUUUUUGCAUGAGACACUUCUGGACAGGAGAGCCAAAUUGAAAGCUGAUCGAUACUGCAAGUGAUGGAGAUGUUUUUGUGUUGCUUUGGUUUUUAUGUUGUUGGGGGGUGGGAGUGGUCUGUCUAUUUUUAUCCUGAAUAAAAAUAUUCAGUACAA